AUGGUAGAGCCUAACCCUAACCCUAACCCUAAUCCCAGCCACCCACAGCCUGCAAGAACAGGCCGACAGCCUCCACCGACAAAACAACUCAGUCCACCGACUGCCAAACCAGUGCACACAGCAAGCACUGACUGCCAAACCAUACCCAGCAGCACCGAAUCGGCGACAACCCAAACGUUCAGCAACAGUCAUCAACUAAGCCCCAGUCCCACUACACAAUCCACUACCCAACUAACCUUGAACCAGCGAACCCAGCCACCCUGA